AUUGUAAACAAAACAUUAUUUCGAUCAACGGUUAUCUACUUUUGCAUUCGGAUAAAGUACGCCUUUUCCAUUAGACUAAACAAUUUCAGUGCCACGUUUCAAAACAAACAUACUUUGAAAAGAUGAGUGACAACAGUUUCGAGUUAGAUAUUACCAAAUAUAUCGCCGAGCAAAAGCGUCUGCUCGCGCUCGAACGUGAACGCUUCGCAGUGGAGAGAAUCAAAAUAUUAGAACCGGAUAGUGUUGAGUUGGGUGGAAAUUCUGCAGCCAACAAUGUGAAGGAAUCGAAAAAUGAUCUGAAUAGUAAACUAGUUCAAAAUGAAACUUGCGAUGAUAAUAAGACUGCUGAUCCACCAGAAAGUGCCUCCCACUGUGAUUAUGUAGCUCCCGAAAAUCAUGAGGAGUGUCCGAUUGAUAAACUACUCAGAAUUAAGUGCUCCAAAAGUGUCGAUUUGCCAAGUCCUAGUCAUCGUAUAGGUCCUUCUGUGAAGGACACUGCUUCUCCUAAACCGUUCCACGAGAGUGAUGGAUUGGAUCCAUUGACACCAAAUCAACAGAAGCAACAGGAUGAAAUGGAACAGUGGGUUUCGGACACCUUCUACUCAUACUUUCCUAGCUUCAACAAGAACCAGAACGAGAAGAAAUCGAUGCUGUCCCGUGCCCGCCAAGCCGACUAUCAAGAAUAUCUCAAAAAUGUAAAUCAAAUUGCUAAUGCGAUCCCUCAGGUUAUGUCCAAACACCAGCAGUACAUCGAGAAAUACGGCAACCAUCAUCCACCGGUGAACGAAAAAGGAACGAACACUCCAAAUCCACCGAGCAGUACCAAAAAAGUUACCUACCUGAGCCCGAGCGAAUACGGCGGCACGAGCGAGAAGAUGCGCCACCAGAAUCCGGUGCUGGCGAAGACGCUGGCUAGUGACACCACCAGCCAGCCGGCGGCCAGCUCGUUCAUGCGCAAAGGUAGUCCGCGUGAAAAGUUGAUACAAGAUUUGAACCAUACUGACUUGUCCGCCAUUCUCAAUACAGACACGGUCGACCGCCGGAACCGAAUGCUAGCGGAAGUAGGUGUUCCCCCUUUCAAGCAUAUGAAACCCUCAACUACUGCCACUAACACGCCCAAAAUAUUGUACACUACGAAAUUCGUCCCUACUAACGAGCGGGGAUCCCUGGUGCUAAAUGAAGAAAACAGGAGGAAGUUGGAAUAUCAAAAGGAUUUAAUCAAACAGAUCGAUGAAAAGCGAAGGGAAGUGGAGCGACUGAGAGAGAAAGAAAAGUUGGAGGAGGAGAUGUUGACGAGUCGAUUGGAGCAGCAACUCAAAACGAUGCAGCUUGAGGAAGAGUUGGAACGGGAAAAACAACGCAGCGAGAAGAUACGUAUUGCGAAUGAACAGAACCACAUCCGCCGGCUGCAGCUUCUUUCGAAGCUAGAGAACGAUCAUAAACUGUUCAAUCCGUAUGAUGAUCAGCGCAAAACACUCUCCGAAAAUGGCAAGGAAGCGUACGUGGAUCCCUCGCAGCAGAAGGCGCCCGGGGAGAAAGUAUAUCGCUUCUUCAGCAAUUCGGCCCAGAAUGAAAAGCCCUCGAGUUUCUCCUCGACCAGCUUGUCGUCCGAGAUGGGAUACGAUUCUUCCAGCGAGUCGAUGGGCUACGAUCGCUAUCAGUACUGCAAGAACUGCCGGACAGACAUCGAUCGCUCGUUUCUUCCACAAUCUCAUGGACCGAGUCGCCAUCUUCACCAGCACCAACAUCAACACAAAACUACGCCGAAGAUGCAGAGAAAAGGCGAAGAUCACUGCCUCAAUUGUCGCAAAAGGAUAGAGAAAUUGUGCACAAAGUGUGAUCGGGUGAUGAAGCGCUCGGUGAAACGGAAUCUCUGCACGAUAUGCCAGCAGUCGCUAGAUAACAGUCGCCUCCAGAGGGAGGCGCAAUUGGAACUGAAGCGACAGCGAAGCAAACUGCUUCGAUCAAUGGAAAUGCUGCACAACGACGAUGAAACUCCUGGGGGAGAUGAUGAUAGUCCUCCUCCCGUUCCGCCAUCGCCUACAAACCCGUAUAAAAUCAUUGAUAUCCAAUAUCAUGAGAGCGACAACGAUCACGAUCUAGCCGUUCUGAAUCCGGUGAUCGUUCGAAACAACUACAAGAAACCGUUCUCGCUCAAUAUCGAAAAAGAUUCGCUCUUCCAUCCCAGCAAGAAAACACAGGACCCGAAAGUUUCCGUCAACAUUCGCAACGGGGAAGUUUUUGUGGACAACAAACUGUCACCAUCGGGGACGCACAAACCUCCGCCGGACGAUACCGAUGAUUUGACCACCGACGAAAUGGACGAGCGGAUUUCCAAGUAUAUCAAGCAUUACAACACGUUGUGGAUGAAACGGGGCAUGCGGAAAAACAAUCUAAUAUCGCAGAAGAGCAACUCAACUGUGGCCACUGGAAAACUGGGCCCGCUUCCACCGCUUUCGCCAGCGAAAGUGUACGUUAGUGACCGGCCAGACAAUGUCAAGAGUGAUGCCAUGAAGGCCACCGAGAAAAAGUGGGAUAUUCCCGCCGUAGAGCGAUUGAAGGUAUCACCCGGAUCGCCUCGAGUAUUAACCCAGUUAGGUGCUAUCCGCAAGCAACUACAGCUGGAACAACUUCAGAUGGAUCAAACUUUUACUGAUAAUCAUUAGCGGCGAAACGGUUUUUUUUUUGCAAGAGAUUUAUCCGGUUCAACAAUGAACUAAUCUUCCUCCAUUUUUACAAAAUAAACUUUAGACUGUGCGAAAUAGAGAACAGUAUAUUUGUUCGACUAUAGACCACCGUUUACCAAGGGAAGAAGUUAAAUAGCAUGUAUAAUAAAAUUUGUUGAUCGAAA